CGGUCCACCAAUCAGCGCCUGUCUCUGCGUGCCGCUCGAGCCCAGGGGGAAAAACCGACCGGGCCAUUAACGAAAAGCUCAGUCAAGUUUUGUCAGUCGACGGAGACGCAUCGUCGUGCCACUGCGCAGUCGAGUCCACGACCAUCGCUACGUGGUUGCUGUGUUUGUGGAUGUUUUUACCGUAUUGCUUCGACACAGAGGACGUGUACAAACACAGACACGUGACCCACGAAGUGACCCGGGCGCUGUCGCUUUAAAGCGAACACCUCCCCCUCCCCACAAUAUUGGAGCCCCCCAAUCACCCACAUAACAUGGAUGGAUUCUAUGACCAGCAAGUCCCAUUCAUGGUCCCACCCAGUCAGCACAAGUCUCACGUGGAGGAACCAUCUCACAACAGGCCUCUGAGCGACAGGAAAAGGAAGUUUGUCGACACCGAGCUCGCCCAGGACACAGAAGAACUCUUCCAAGACCUCAGUCAGCUGCAGGAGAUCUGGAUUGCAGAAGCCCAGGUGCCUGAUGACGAACAGUUUGUCCCAGAUUUCCAGUCGGAGAGCUUGAUGUUUCAUGGCCCGCCCCCAGCCAAGAUCAAACGAGAGCUGACUCCCUCCAGAGAGUUCUCUCCCUGUCACCAGGACAGGAGUCCCAUGCCCUACGGAGAGAAGUGCCUUUACAGCUACAGUGCCUGUGACAGGAAGUCCACUCCUGGGUUCAAGCCAUUAACUCCCCCCUCAACACCAGUCUCUCCCUGCGGCCCUACCGGCACAGCAGGGACGCACCCUCUGAGUGCACAGACCCCCCCUCCUCACCCCCAUGUAGCCAAUCCGACCCCAGGGCCGCGUCCGGUGCACGUACAGCAGCCUAUGACAGCGAGCGCCGGCUCUCCUAACCAGCAAGCAGUCCACAGCCCACCCUUCGCCGUGCCCUGUGCACCCAUCAACCAGGAUGCCAACAACUUCACACCUGAGCAUAGGUUCCAGCGGCAGAUGUCAGAGCCAUGUCUACCCUUUCCCCAAUCCGAGAGUCAAGGGCGCCCCCAGUUCUUGCCCCAGCCACCCAGCCGCAACAACAACAACAACAACAACAACAGCAGUCUGCCACGUGACGGCCGGCCGCCCUACCACCGCCAAAUGUCAGAGCCACUGGUAGCUGUGCCGACCCAGGGUUUCAAGCAAGAGCUCAUCGACCCACGCUACACAGAGCAGGGCGUCCCCAACAUGGGCCCCCCAGGUCCACCCCCAGGUCCUCUGCAUCAGGCUGCUUUCCACCCCAUGGCCAUCAAGCAGGAGCCUCGUGACUAUUGCUUUGAUUCUGAAGUGCCUAACUGUCACUCAUUGUUUGGGAGAGCGGGGAGCUUCUACCAAAAUAACCAUGAAAGCUUCUCCUUCGACAGAGAUCAUCAGCUGUACUUUGACGAUACCUGUGUGGUCCCUGAAAGAUUAGAAGGUAAAGUCAAACAGGAACCCUCUGUUUAUCGGGACGGACCUCCCUACCAGCGCCGGGGCUCCCUGCAGCUCUGGCAGUUCCUGGUCACGUUACUGGACGACCCGGCCAACGGCCACUUCAUAGCCUGGACUGGUCGCGGCAUGGAGUUCAAACUCAUUGAGCCUGAGGAGGUGGCUCGUCGCUGGGGCAUCCAGAAGAACAGACCGGCCAUGAACUAUGACAAGCUGAGCCGCUCGCUGCGUUAUUACUACGAGAAGGGCAUCAUGCAGAAGGUAAAGGUGGCCGGUGAGAGGUAUGUGUACAAGUUUGUGUGCGACCCCGAGGCUCUCUUCUCCAUGGCCUUCCCUGACAACCAGAGGCCCAACCUGAAGGUGGACCCGGACAGCCUGCUGGGGCUGGACGACGACACCGUGCCCCUCACCCACUACGAGGAAACUCCUCCCUACCUGCUGGACGCCGGGGAGCAGUGUGUGGCAGGCUUGCCAUUCCCAGAAGGCUACAGCUACUAACAAGCAGCGGGGUCGUAACGCACACAACACAUGUACAUGCAGAACACUCCGAAAGUCUCUCGACAGCCACUUU